AUGGCGCUACGACUCAAGAAAGACAUAAAGAAAGCGUCGUAUUACGUGUGGUUCUUGGGUGCGCAGGAGUCACGCGGUCUGCGCGGGGAGGAGUUUGCACUACCUGCCAUACGGAUACUGGAAGAAAGGGCUCGGGAUUUAGAGCCAUUUAAAGUCACGUUGCAGGUGUCGCACAAGGGCCUCAAGAUCAUACAAAAUGUGACGAGUAAGGGAAAACAGCAGACGAUCAAACACUUCAUACCCCAUGGAAGUAUUACCAGCGCCGUGGUACAGGGAGACGUCGUCGCCUGUGUCUUGCUCCUGUAUAAUCCGAUCACAGGCUGCCCUGUACACGUACACGCUUAUCGAUGUGACUCGGACCACACAGCGGAAAUGCUAUACACCCAUCUCCUGGCACUAAUAGAGAGACCAGAGAAUCAGAAAAAGUUCGCGGACAUCGAAAAGAAAUUACAAAUGAGGGGGGCAUUGCCUAGCAGUAAGAAACCCCCAGAUUCUUCACUGGGCAGUGAAGUAUCGAGGGAAUCUGACUCGGGCAGUAACGAAGACAGAAACGUGGCUAAUCUGUACGACAGUUUGGCGGCAGAACUAAAGCAGAAGUUGUCUACAGGUAAAAAGGGAAUAGGAAAAAGUCCAAUUCUGCUUCCACCCCGAGACUACGACACAGUGCAUAGACAAAAGGGCAAUUUGAGCAACAUUGACACUCGCCGCUGUCUCAACCAGAGCAUCGUUGGGGUUAACGAGAGACGCAAGCUGGAAUCUUCGGGGGGUAGCUCGGGAAUCGGUAGCGAUUUGGCUCCAUCCCCUGAGAGGAAUGAUUAUAGACCGCAUGACAACCAUAGCACUAGUGAAGAGGACUGGGCUGAAAGCACGGCCUACAUGAUGCACGAAGCCUUUGACGCGUCACCACCACGACGAGCACCUUCCCCACGACGGUCUUCACCUCCACGCCGCAUGUCACCUUCUCGUCGUACUUCACCCCCACGCCGUACUUCACCCCCACGCCGUACUUCACCCCCACGCCGUACUUCGCCGCCUCGUCGCAAUUCCUCCCCUCGUCGCACGUCACCCCCUCGCAGGACUCUAUCUCCAAGGAAUUACGACAGGUCAUCCUAUAACGAUGACUUAUCCGACCAAUUUAGAGACUCACUCGCUCCCUUCCGCGAAGCCACUUUCGAAAGACGAUUCCGACAAGAAUCACUUGAACGCGCGAGUAAAGACAAAAUAGAGAAAUACCCAGAAGAAGUACCGAAUUAUAGGCGAAGAUACGUCGCAGAUACCAAACCAUCAAACCGCAGCAUGGAUAGAGUCGAUGGCAGAUUUGGUAAGCUCCAAAGAGGCGCCAGCGAGGGGAGCUUGAAACUAGCGGAUGCGUCACCAAAAGAACGAUUCAACGUCGCUAAGGAAAAAUUCAAGAAUCUAGAGCGGGAGAGAUUUAACCGUGAGUUAGAGGCGCAUAUGGCUAUGAGACGGAGCAUGCUGGAAGCUAGGAACAGUCGCUCGACUUCUUCUCCAGAGGAAGAACGACGGGACGAGCGUCAGGAGCGUCACAGAGAACCCUCUCGGAGAGAACAGGAGCGUUCUCAUCGCGAUGUGGAUCGUUCUCUUAGGGAGCCGGAACGGCGUAAAGAGGAAAGAGUACGUGACCUGGUACCAGACAUACACAGGGAAAUGGAAAGACUCCCCCGCGUAGGCAGAAAGCGUGAUGAUUUAAAGCGAUAUGAAUAUGGUACGGAGGAUUAUCUGAACAGAAACGAACCUAAACCGCUACGUGAGGAUUACGACAGGUACCGCGAUAGAAGGGAAUUGGACCGUCGUAUCGAUGAGGAUGAAGUUAUCGAGCCAAUAAUAGAUGAUAGGAGGAGAGACUGGAACGACAGGCAGCGGGCGUUCAGUCGCUCCCGUCUGUUGGACGAGCAGAGACAGUCCUACGCAGAGGGAGAUAGAGAUAGAUUUUAUGAAAGGGACUAUAGAGACUUCCGCGAUCUAUCCGACCGACAACCGGCGAAGCUCCGCCAUAGUUACGCGGAACCUAUCUCUAGAGGUCGCCUCGGCACCGUAAGACCUUAUUAA